AUGAAUUUCCUACCAUCGUCCGGGCAUACUUCAUUCCAGGCCGUGACCAGCGACCAUACGCUUUCCGCUGCCACCUCCGAGCCGGUCAUGACUCACUUUCCCAUCUGUCCUCUGACGUUCCAGGCUGUGCACGGUAUCGAAAGCUUCGAGCUUGGUACUCAAGACGGCCUGUUCGACAAGGAUACCACAAUGGAUCCAGAGAGCACCUUGAUCUUCAACCUCGAAGGUUUCUCUGUCUCUGCUCAGCCCUCAAAUGUCUCUCUGGCUCCUGCCUACGAUGUCGGAGUGGCGCCUCAGCAGCAGCAGCAGCCACAUCAAAUUCAGGACAUGUCUUUCCCCUUGCUAUACCAGCAAGUGCAUGCGAACCAAUCGCAGCCGAUGAUGAUCCAACAACAGCAGUUAUUCCAGCUGCAGACGUUGCAAGUCGCGUCAUCUCUCCCCACUUACCUGUCGCCUCAAGGUGUGCAGUGCCAGCAACAGCAGGCUCAGUAUGCAUCGCUGGAGCAGAUUCAGUAUCAGCUCCACGCCUCGCACCAGAACCAGCUCUUGAGUUCCUAUCCGCACAUGUUCACGCAGCCCGCUACGAUCAGUUCCUCUGAGUACCGAACCCAAAGGUUUGGUCGGCUUUCGAGCCCCGAAGGUUCGGCCUCGGUGAGCUCCGAGAACGGCCAUUUCGAGCUCACUGAGGGAGAACCUAGUUGUUCGACUGGGGUCGCGAGCGAGAGUUUUGUUAAGCCCUUUGACGAGCUUGAGAUUUCAGAGGGUAUCGUUCGGAGCAUGCCAAUGCCGGCGGGCGUCGACCGAAAGGAUCCCCCCAUGCAGAUGUCGUCGGGCUCGUGCCCCCCAACGUUGACUCUCUCGUCCUUGGCGACUCCGGCUCACGCACUGUCCUUUGCCCCGAUCCUCUCAUUGUCAUCGGCUCCGGUGCCGUAUUUUGAUGAGGGGUCAAUCUCGGAUGACUCGGACUUGGCUGAUGCCCAUACGGAGGUUUCCUCGGCCAAACGUAGAAAUCGAGCCCGCAAGCCGACCAAGGCUCCUGUGAGCAAGCCCAGGGGACUCAGAGGACAGUUUCGUUGCAACCACCCUGGUUGCAGCAUCGCCUGCUCGAGCAGUCCCUCGCUUCUCCGCCACACCGCCGGGCACAAAUGGCGAGGGAAGUACUCGCCCGUGCGCUGCGAGGCCUGCCAGACCUCGCUCUCGAACGAGUUCUCGGCCCAGCGACACAUCACCCGGGCGGAUCCCAGCUCGCGCUGUUUCCGGAUGCGGAUCUAUAGCCUCAUGAGUUCCGAAAACGAGAUCGAGGUCACGGUCAGGUUCUACCCGACACGUCCGCAUGGGAAGAAGACUAUCCAGGUCGACCUCGAGAAGAUGAGAGCAAAAUACUUCCAUAGUUGA